AUGCAUGAGUAUAAGCUAGUCGUCCCUGGCUCAGGAGCCACUGGAAUGUCAGCUCUGCCUUUACAAUUUGUCCAAGGAUAUUAUGUAGAAAAUUAUGAUCCUACAAUAGAAGACUCUUACAGAAAGCAACUUGAAGUAGACGCACAACAGUGUAUGCUUGAAAUCUUGGAUACCACAAAAACAGAAAAAUCUGCAGCAAUGAGAGAUGCGUACAUGCAAACUAAACAAGGCUUUGCAUUAGUUUAUUUCAUGAUAGCACAGUCCACAUUUAAUGAUUCCCAAUAUCUACGAGAAAAGAUUCUUCAAGUUAAAGACAUGGAUGAUGUUCUAAUGAUUCUGGCCAGUAAUAAUUGUGACUGGAAAGACGAAAGAAUUGUAGAAAAGGAACAAGGUCAACAUCUAGCAAGACAGUCAACCAAGACUGCAUUCUUAUCAUCUUCCAAAUUACAAAUAAGUGUUAAUUAG